AUGAUUCGCGCUAAACGAAAGUUGGCUCAUCGUCUACUGGUCGAGGGUCUACUCGGCGCUACUCGGCGAUCUAUGUCGGACACCGGUCCUGUACAAUUACCGAAAGGGAAAAUAGUUGGCAAAAGGUGGAGGAUCGUGAAGAAGCUUGGCGAAGGCGGCUGUGGAUCUGUGUAUAAAGUGCAAGAUAUCAAGAAUAAUAAUGCUGAGGCUGCUUUAAAAGCCGAAUCAAAUUUUGUAGCUGGUGGAACAGUUCUGAAAUUGGAAGUGCAGAUACUUAGUCGGUUAAAAGGACGACCCCAUGUGCCACAAUUAAUACAUUCAGGGAAGAAAGAGCUGUAUUGCUAUAUGGUGAUGACGUUACUCGGUGAUACUUUAGGAUCUUUGCAG